AUGCAUAUAGUGUCCUUCACGAUGAAGGGUUACAUCCAGCGAAUGCGAGCCGUGUUUUCCCAGUUGAGUGAUUCUCAUAGUGAACUGAGAGAUUGUGGGCCUGAGACAUUCCGAAGCAGGUGCUCCAAGUCCACCGAGGACCUUACCAGCGAUGGAGAAUACCGAGCUGUCCUCGUACAGUUGACGACGGGAGCAGAGUCAGAAAGUCGAGGGGGUCGAGAAGUGGAACGGCGAGAAUCUACACGGUUUCAGUCAGCAAAGAACCUCUUGAAAUCACUCCGACCAGGUCACCAUGGCUGGGCAGAUGUAACUACGUCUCCUUAUCCGGACGAGAGUCAGAAUAUCCGUCCCACUUCAGAAGACAGCCUCGCGAAUCAUUACCCCACCUUGGAUCGCAGAGACCCUCAUUAUCACAGUGAAGGAAAAGGCAUGAAGAAACGGAAACCAUGGACCUCUGAAAAGGAACUCCGGACCUUGCCCAGUCGCGCCGAACCCACUUCUUGCAACAUCAAGAGUAGCGCUCCGAAAGACAGCAUCUCCAUGACGGACAGGAGCCAAAGCUUCCAGGAGCGCAAGCGACGUUCCUCGUUCUCCAGUGACGAAAAUGUAUAUGAAAAUAUGGAAGAGCAGAAUCGGAAUGCUCAGGGUUUGGACCAAUUGGUUCGCAUGGACCGAGAACGUGAGCGGAGGUCGUUUAGGAAACUCACUAAAGACUCCGGCUAUGAAACUAAUUAUGCGGAAUCAGAUUAUGCCAAUUUAGAGUCUCUGGAACUAUCUUCACUGAACUCGAAAGACAUGGAAUUGGGGAUUCCAACUGAGGAUUAUUCGAGUGUCUACAGAUCAGCGCCUCAGCUUCAGGAACGACAUGGGGAAUCGGAGCCUGGAACUUCCAAUUCCGUUUUAUACCCGCAGAUGGCAGCCCUUCCAUCCUGGUAUGUCCCCUUCCUUUUCACCCAUUCUGUAUACAUCUAA